AUGAAGACUCUUUUGCGAUGGACCAUGGCAAUGGGGUUGGUGAACCCGUUCGGUGUUUUACAAGACAUUCUCGCUGCGCUCUUCUAUAAGUAUGGACUCUAUGUAUCGUCGAAUCCACGUCCAUUUAUUCUGAUUCCGGUGCUUAUAACAUUUUCUUUAUCAUUUGGUGUGUUGGCUGUUCAUGUUCAGGAUGACUUAAGAUUUUUAUAUUCACCAUCUGAAUCUCAGUCACGUUUUGAAUAUGCAAUCCAUCAAGAAUUUUCGGGUGAUUCUGUAAAUACAACGUAUGUUGCUGUAGCGGUGGAACCAAACGACAAUAUUAACAACCUUUUACGAAAGGAGAUAGCUGAUGAGAUAUUGAGGCUGAAUAAUUAUGUGCUCAAUAAUUUGACGAUAACUCUGAAUGGUCUGGAGUAUAAUUUUGGUAAAGAUAUCUGUAAUCGAAUUGCCUUAUGCCCACUCAGUAAUGCUGUCGUACAAUUUUUCUUUGAUGCAUUCUGGAAUAAACAGUUACGAAAUGAUCCACGGGUACGCUUGGAAUAUCCACUGUUGCACUUUUUUGACAAUAAGUUCUAUUUACCAUUGCAUUUGUAUGGUGUACGAGUGGACAGGAAAAAUGGAAUUGAAUCUAUCGAAAUGAUCAACUUGCAUUAUCCAAUUCCGUCCACAGACUACCAACUUUCCAUUAUCAAAAAACUCCCACUUUUUAACUGUUUCCGUCUGAUCAAAACUUCAAUGUUCAGUCUGUCAAUGUUGAAAACAGAAAUGAAAAAGAAUGCUAUGUAUACCGUACCAUUUCUGUCACUUACGGUUAUGCUGCUGGUCACUUUCACAGUUUCAUCCUGUAUGACAGGAGAUUGGAUAACAUCAAAACCACUAGAAGCACUUAUGGGAAUUUUGUCAUCUUCCUUUGCAAUAAUCAGCGCUGGUGGUCUUCUGUUUCUUCUCGGCAUACCAUUUAAUAAACUUAGGGGAGUGAUGACGUUGGCUAUUGGAGUUGAUGACACUUACGUCAUUAUUGGAGCUUGGCAAGACACGAAGAGGACUCUACCAUCGUCAAAGAGAAUGGCACUUUCUUUAGCGGAAGCUGGGAGCGCUAUAACUGUCACAUCACUAACUUCGGUGCUAUCGUUUGGUAUUGGCUCAUUUAGUACUACACCUGCUAUUUCAAUAUUUUGUAAAUUUAUUGCUGUCGCUGUCAUGUUUGACUGGGUGUACCAAAUAACUUUUUUUUCUGGUGUAAUGGCUCUCGGUGGCAGAAGGGAAGCAGCUGGCUAUCACUGUGCUUUAGUAUGGAAAAAAAUGCCUCAGAAGGAUGUUGAAGAGGCCCGAAAAGCAACUUGCAUUUCUCCAACAAAUCAUAUAUUUGCUGAUUAUGUAGCACCUUUUUUAUGCUGUAAAACAACUCGAAUAUGUAUGCUCAUUAUUUAUGGUCUUUAUAUCUUUGGAGCAUUUUACGGGUGUUCUUUACUUUCUCCGAACUUAACCCCCAGUAAGCUUCUGGUCGAUGACUCACCUUUAACUCAUUAUUUAAAGUUAGCAGAAGAGAGGAUUUGGUCAGAAGGUGUCAUUGGUCGUGUAUACAUUAAUAAUGCUCCGGAUUUUACUGAACAUCCUGAACAGUUAGAAGUUAUGUUACAAAUGGUCGAAGACUUGGAAUCUACGCCGUUUUCAAUAGGGAGGAACUCAACACAAAUUUGGUUGAGAGACUUUUUAAACUAUCGACAGUUCUUCGACAACAGCGACGAAACAUUUUACGAUACGCUUCAGCAGUUUUUAAAAAUAUCUUUCAAUUCCCACUGGAAUUCGUAUAUUAAGUGGGAAUCAUCUGAAAAGGAUCCAUCAAAACAGUAUGUUAAGCGAUUUUUCUUCACGACGGCAUUCAAAAUAAAGAACUGGAAUGUUAGAACUGAGCUGCUGUUGCGAUGGAGAAACAUAACUAAUAAGUAUCCUCAGUUCAAAGCUUUGGUUUUUGAUGAAAACAAUUUUUAUUCUGAUCAAAUGCUUGAACUGCAAUCAACAACUCUUUCUUCGCUAGGUACAGCCAUCAUUGCUAUGAUAAUGGUUUGUAUAUUGUUUAUCGGCGACAGCCAAAUCGUAUUUUGGGUUGUAUUUACAAUGAUAACUAUGGAUAUUGGCAUUGCGGGGUAUUUGUCGCUGUGGGGUGCAGACCUUGAUCCGACAACCGUUGUUAAUAUCUUGAUGAGUAUAGCACUAUGCAUUGACUUUGCAACUCAUGUUGGCUACCGGAUUUAUCGGAGCGAAUGCAAAGAUCCUGACGAACGGAUCAGCGAUGCACUUGGUGCAAUUGGUUGGCCGGUGGUUCAAGGCGGUUUGUCUACAUUCUUGGCUAUAGUUGUUAUGGUUUUGGUUCCUUCGCAUGUUGUUCGGAUGUUUGCAAGAACUUCCAUGCUUGUGGUGGGUACAGGUUUAUUCCAUGGUAUAUUUGUUUUACCAGUGAUACUGCGAACCUUUGCAUCCAAACCAAUUGAUAAAUUUCAUAUGCAGUACGUCGACUAA